AAAAACAAUUUAAGAAAUAAUAGAAAGGAAACAAAUAUUUUAUGUCGUUUAUAAUAAUUGUGAUUUAUUAAUCCAUGAAUUGUUAGUCGGUGGGAAGCCGAGCCAUUUAACAUAUACAUUGUCUCCAUUACUUUUAAGUACUUUUUCCACGAGAUAAAUAUGAGGGUAUUUAGUCUUUUGUAAUUCUUUUUCGUAAAAACAUCCACUAAUAGGUUGACCAUUAAAAUCUUCAAGGAGAUAUGUUGGCGGGUUGGUUAGGUUUACUUUUCUUAUCAUACAAAUUUCCGUUGUCCAAUUUGGUGUGAUUAAAACUAAAUUCCUUCCACAUUUUUUUCAGAAAUUUCUGUAUAAAUAGCUGUUUCAGUUUAGGAUGUAUCUCAUACCGUCGACGAUGAAUCUCAGAGAAGAACUUUUACAAGUUGAAGAGGAAGUUUUGUUCAAGCCUUGUAAAAAGGUUAUUGAAUUAAAACAAAAUGAAAAAUAUCGUAUUGGUAAACUGAAACGUUGUGUUACGAAAUUUGGAGAACGAAUUGUUGCUGAUUUGGGCGAAUUUCAGACUUUCUUCCCAAUGCGAUACAACAAAUUGUCAGACGCUGCAAUAACCGAAAUCAAUCGAGGUUCAUUCAACUUUACCUAUUUAUGUCCGUUAGGACGAACUGCUAGUAUUAAAAUUGAAGAAGAACUGUAAAUUAUUAAAUAAACCUUACAUGUUCUGAGCAUA